UGCAGGACAGUUUCAUAAUAAGCGAGGUGUAUUCAUCAUCGCUCAUUAUCAUAUAGAAAUUAGAAAUUACAACAGAAUAACUCAUGGGGAUUUCGUUUCAGAAUUUACAAUGGAUAACAUUGUUAUCGAUCGUGUGUCUGUCUGUCCGUCUAACUGUCUGCCAAGUUCCUCCAUCACAGAAUAACAAUCAAGCAGCAAAUAAUGAAUGCAAAAAGUGCAGACCUCAAUGGAUCAACACACUCGAAGCGUUCAGCGCCGCACUAACUCCGGCAAUGAAGUCAGUGUGUACCCUGGCGCUCAGAGAAAAAUUUGUAAGCAGUUGCCAGGUCCCUAACACUAAAUGUGAUGGUAACAAGACCGGAAUCAAGUACUGUUGCUGUUCUUUGACAGAAUUAUCCAGAGUAAAAGACUGUCUUCCAAAAACCGCUAAAAACGCAUGUGUACCCGAUAAAAUUACACCUUGGAUAACACAGUUUCAGCAAGCGUUCUUUGCUGCAGUAGGUUGAUUGGGUUUUAUCAAAUCUAUUGAAGAGUUAUGCACAGCAUUCAUGUUUCGACAGCCAUACAUGUAUAAUCUGCAUUGCCUAACACACUGCAAACAAACAUCCAAACGUCGGCAAUAGAAUAUUAUGAACUUUAAAACUCAACUGUUUUAAAGCACAUUUUGAAUGUUUAUUCUCCACUUUUUGCACAAGAGAAGUUCACUUUUCAAAACAUGAAUGUAUAAUUCUUUUCUUCAUUAUAUGAAGCAUUUAUCAUUUCAUUUAAAUGUUAUAUUAAUGUUAUUUAAAACAGUUCUAAGAACUUUUUCUCAAUGUAAUGUGUUCCUUUUUUGCUGUGUUUCAUUUUUGUUUAUGUCGCGAUGCAAAGCUUUGACCAUUGAAAGCCGUUGCUAAUAAACAUUAGGCUUAAUGCUAUAA